AUGGAUGGCGAGUUGUUGUUAGGAUGGUUUAUAUGGAGGAGCUUUGGUAUUGGUAGGGUGAGUUAUGUGGGUGAUGAUCUUGGGUGGGUGGGCUUGGACUUGGAGAUGGUAAGGUUGGAGGGUUCUGAGGUUUAUGAUCAAUCAAUCUUAAGUCUUCUGAUAUACAUAAUCUACAUGAAGAAGAGACUCGAGAUCGGUGGUAGAAGUUCAUCCAUGAUAGUAACAUUAAACGGUAAGAAAUCUGUAAUUCUUCGAAAAGACCAUGUAGGAUCGACCAACAACACCGAAGUGGACAAUGAAUCAAGGUAUUGGACAAGCGCGUCAUGA